AUGGAGGGCGUGAAGCUGAUCGAGAAGUCGGUGGUUAAGCCGGAGCGCGAAACAGAGCGCCGCCGCAUUUUCCUCUCCGCAAUCGACCUCUCCCUCGUAAGUUACCAGGAGAGCGCCCAAUUCUUCGACCCUCCGCCGACACCCAUCAGCUUCUCCGACUCCUGCCGCGCCCUCCACACAGCUCUCCGCCGCCUCCUCGUCUCCUACGACUUCUUCGCCGGCAGACUGGCCCCUGCUCUCGACGGCAGCAACCGCUUGGAGAUCGACUGCAACGGCGCAGGCGUCGUGGUCGCCAUCGCCCAAACGGAGACCAAAUUGACCGAACUCGGCGAGAUUCUGGCGCGCAAGCCCGAUUACGAGCCGCUGAUUGCUUUUUUGCGCGACGAGGAGGGCGAAACAGACAUACAGAACAAGCCUCUUCUUUACUUACAGUUCACAGGAUUCGGAUGCGGAAGCCUGGCGCUGGCCUCCAGCUACAACCACUGCGUCCUGGACGGAAUCUCGGUCCACGAGUUCGAGAUCAACCUGGCCUCCCUGACCCGAGACAUCGACGCGACCCUGAAAGAACCGAACCCGGAUCGAACCAUGUUCCGAGCCAGAGACCCGCCCCGAAUCAACCACCCACACCACGAGUACACCAAACCCUCAAUCGCCACCGCCAGCUCCCCAUUCAACGCCCGCUACGCACACUACACAGACACCCACAUGGUCUACAUCCCUCGGGACCACAUCUCCCGCCUCAAGAAAUCGGCUCUCGGAGACGGCGGAGUCGACAACUGUAGCACCUUCCAGGCCGUGGCGGCCAGGAUAUGGAAGGCGAGGACCAUCGCGCUCAAGAUGUCUCCCGACGAGGCCGUGACCACGCUGAUGUUCCCCGUGGACACUCGGAGGAUGGUCCGGCCCCCGGUUCCGGCCGGGUUCGCGGGGAACGCCGUGGUGCCAGGGUACGCGAGGCUGACCGUGAAGGAGGUGAAGGAAGGGAGCGAUUCCUUGCUGGUGAAGAAAGUGCAGGAAGGGCUGGGGAGGCUGGACGAUGACUAUGUGAAGUCGUCGAUUGACUGGCUGGAGGUUCACAGAGGGACGCCGACUUGGGAGAACACUUUCGCGGUGGCGCAGUGGUUCCGGCUGGCACUGGAUGAGGAGACUUAUUCGUGGGGGACGGCCAAAUGCGCGGUGCCGAUCGGGGCGAAGCCCGGCUUGGUGGUUCUGCUGUCCGGACCCAAGAGCCAAGGAGGGCUCAGUGUCUGUUUGGACCUCAAGGAUGACCAAGUUCAGGAGUUCACUAGGUUGCUGAUGGAGUGA